UGAUGGGCGAUCGCUCGUUGGUGGCUGUGGGCUUGCUUUCCUCAGGAGGCCUGAGGUUGUUUGCUGUCAGGCCGUGAACUCUGAGGCCUUAGCGAGGUUGUACUCCCCUCCUGGUUAGGCCUCUGCCUGCCUUAGGUGCCAGACUAGCUGGGGUGCUGCUGGUAAAGGUGCGCUGGUGAGUGGAUUUUGUUGCUGACUCUAGGCAAUUAGGAUGCCGCAGUUAAGGUCAGGGAAGGUGGUAACUGGCAGUGAUAUAAAGUUGGCUGAUGAGAUGGUCGCCAGCCCAAGCUCUCUGGGCGCUGGGGUAGAAUGUGAGGCAGGUAACAUGUUGGUAGUCAAGCAGAGUCAUCACCUGGUACCUGAGAGAAAACCUGAGCAGCGCUUACCUUGCUGUCUGCAACCUGCCAUGCUCUCCAGCAUUCUGUGUGAGCAGUUUGCUCCUCCUGCACCCAUGCAGAAGGAGCAAGGUGAGAGCAGCCAGAGACUCCCAGCUAAAAAAAACAAGCAGAUACAAUGCAGGAGGAUUUCCAGAAUCAACAAGGGUCUAGAGCUGCCAAUUUCAGACACUGCUAUAUGUGAAAAUUGGCAGGCAGCUACUGUGGCUGCAGUCACAUGCUGGGGAAAGACUAGAAGGAGAAGGACGGAACAAGGUCAGCAGCGAUUUUUCUCAGAAACUACUUUGCAAAGUAAAUUCUUGGCAGUGAUUGAAAGGAAAGAACAGAACUCAGAAGAACUAAACCACUCAGCAUUCCAGGAGAGCUCAGGGAUUUCAGGAGAAAAAGUGAAGGAAGAAUGGAAAGCAAUUGAGCAAGAUUCUGGUACACAGGCUGUGAAGAAGCUUAAGACAAAUCAAAACCCAUCAGAAGACUCUAAGGAAAAGGAACCUCACUACUGUAAAUCUCCUGCAGUUGCUGCUUUAGGUGGGACCCAAAGCAAGAACUUUCUAUGCCAUUCUGUAACAAAACAGUCCGGUGUGCAGUGUAAAAAAAGGAAACCCAGAACUGAUCAAGUCAAAUGCUUGCAAAGUUUUAGUGUGACUACACGUGAAGAAGUGAGAAGUGUAUCUGCAAAAUGUGAUGCUGAACAUUUCAGAAAAGCCCUAAACCAUUGCAAUGGCUUGUUCUGUGCAACAGAAAAGAAUCCAUUUGUGAGAUUAGAGGCCUGUAGUUACAUCAAUACAUUUGUGAAGUCUUCAGCUAAUGGAACUACCAGCAGUUACAAAUUGAAUGGAUUCAUCCAUAUAGCCCAGGAUAAAGGAAAGCGUGUUUUUCCUGAUGGUACUGUAGAACAGAGUGAUAUGAAUUGCAGCACUAGUAGAAUGCAAAACAGAGGAUCACUCAUAAAAGGUGGUUUAUUGUUCAAUAAAGAAAAAACUCAAAACAGAGAAGAGUGUUUUUCAUGCUGUCAGAGCAAAAACAAAAAGUCUUUAAGGGGAAAAAGGUUGAAUAUUGGUAGAAAGCCUAGGAAAAAGAAGAAAAUUGCUGAGAAAUCAGCAAUGCAGAAUAUAUUCAGAGACACGGCUAAUGGCAGUGAGUAUGAGUUACAAGCAGAAGCAGCACUUGCCAGGUCAGGUUCCUUUGAAGUCUUGGGACUAAAUCAUGAAGAAAUUACUCUGUCACCUUCAUGUGAUCAUGCAUCAAAUCUUCAUGUAGGGAGAAAUACUCAUGAAGCACAAAAUAUAUCAGUCUGGAGAAAGAACAGUACCAAAUCACUUGUGUUUGAAGAUGGCUUUAAGAAGAGAUCGGAGCUCUCAGUAACAGCAAAAGAAGAAAAUUCAAACAGUGUGGCACAUCAUUCUGCUGCCUCAGGUAGCCUGAAAGUGCUAGCUGAUGAGGUCCAUGGUGUUUCUAACAGUCACAAAAGCAAGACAGUUAAAAAAUUGAACAAAGUUAAUAAGAAAUUGCAUCAGAUUACCUGUCAAAGAACAGUACCUAUGACUGGUAAAAAUGUUUGGCCUUUUGAAUCUUGUGCCAGGACUUCUGAAUGGGUUCAUAAAAAUCUUGGGUCUUGCUCAGAAGGAGAAAGACUUGUAAGGGCCGCCUUCAAGGAAUCCUCUGAUCAAAGCAGUGUUGAAACUGUAGGAAGCAAUGCUGUGAUUGGGAAUUUGAGACAGUUGGAUUUCCCUAUGUCAUUGGAAGAAAUUAACAAAGAAUCUACAUGCAAAAUAAUAGAUUCCAAUACUGGAUGUCUGACUUCACUUGAAACACCAGGAUCGUCUCCCAUGAAUAUUGAUGAGACUUUGAGCAGUGAAAAUGUGGAAUCCCCCAUUCAUACAGAUAGAAGUGCUGUGACUUUUAGCCAUGAAGAUGUGCAAGAAGUUAAAGCAACCUUGAAUUUUACAACAAAGCAAAAAAAUAAAAAAAAAGGAACUGUGACAAAAAGAAACCUGUCUGUGACAGUCCGGAAAGGUACAUCUACACAUGACACACACAGAAAGAACUUGAGCUGUAGGACAUCAGUAGUGAAAGAGAUAUUUUCUGAUUUAAAGCUAAUGAAAGCAUUAAACACUGAAAAACUGACAAAAUUCAAAAUUCCUUUAUGCAGAAACAAGCCUGAAUCCAGGAAAUUGGAAUCUGUCCAUUCAUUUGGAAAAAAAACCUUUAGUCCACUAGAGCUUUUUGACAGCAGUAGUGUUUCAAGAAGGCAGAAGAUGGGUGAAGAGACUUUCUUGGUAAAUUCUGAGCAGCGGCCUCUUGCUACUUCAAGUGAUGCUACAUCUACAGCUUCAACAAAAGAAAAAGCAGAUGAGAUCAGCAGUAAGGACUUCCAGCAUGAUGGCCCUAAAAACCUUUCAACCUUGUCUACUCUCUCUGAACAUUCUUCUUUAUAUCCACAUCCUUUUCCUGAUGGACAGCCAAAGUCACCUGUGCCUGAUUUCCAUGGUACUGAAUGUGUACUAAAAUCAAGUUUUCCUGAUCAUUCGUGGAAUGCAGCUGACCACCCUGCUGCAUUAGAAAUAAAUGAUGGUAACAAAUCAAGUGGAACUCUUUCAGAACACCAAAGUCAAAAUACUCCAGAUAUUCUUGACGCUUACAAGGAAGAUAUUCUUGUCAUUGAUGUGAUUCAGGAUGACCCUGACCUUUUUGGAUACAAUAAUGAAGAGAAGCUUGAACUUGCAGACUGUGAAAAUUGUUCUGUGAAGGAGUCCUAUGAUAGCAUCUCCAUUAAAGAUGAAAAGCAGGAUCUUAAGCCUGAGUGUCCUGUUACCUCAGAAAAGAAAGAUUCAGUAGGUGAUAAUUUUAGAAGAAAAAGAAGAAAAUCUUCUCUGAGACACAUUACCAUACAGGAAUCUGGAAUGUCAGAUGAUACUGAAAUUUCCUGUGAUUGGGUGCUAAAAGCUAAAGACACUAAAACCCACAACUCAUCCAGAGGAAGCAGUCCUCUUGGGACUGUUACAGGUGUUACUGAAAGCUUUCUUGAAGAUGGGCAAUCAAGAGAAUUAGAUGAACUUCUGAAGAGUUUUGACGUGGAUGAAAAGUUCAGGUUUGCAGAUGGAGUGCCUGAUGUUAAAGAAGAAAAACAGGGUGAAGCUGGAAAAAGCAGUGACUGUAAAUACAGAGACCUUGUGAACUGUGGAUUGCUAUCAGGAUUGCCACUGCCUGCCCAGAAAAUAAAUGUCCUCAGUGAAACUACAGAGAUGGAAGCCCAGACAAAUGAUUACAGAUUUUCAGGAAAAAGUCUUUUACUGCCAUUGCAAAAUCCUGGAGAUUUUGAGACAUGGAAGGUGGAAAAAAAUGCAAUUGCUUCUCAUUCAGUCCAGCAGAUCCUCGAGAUGAUUGAAUUGCCCCGUAAAUAUUGCAGAUUUUAUUUCAUGACUUUGCGGGGCUGUGAAAGAGCAAAAUGUUGGUUUUGGCAUGUUCCUGAACACGGAGAUGAAAAGGUUUGCAUGACAAUACUUAGAACAUACAUUACUAUCAAAGAAUCGGGCCUUCUAAAACGUGCAGUCCAGAUAUUUGUGAAAUAUUACAGAGAAGUUACUCCUGGUGUGUAUUUUGCUUCUGAAGUGCUGAAUGAUCUUCUGGUUUCUCUACUCAAGAAAUGUUUGUUGCAUGAAGUAUUUCAGAUAUUGAAUGUAACUGUACAAAUCAGUACACCGCCGGCUGUAGAUGUUCUUCUGAAAGUUUUUGAGCACGUGGCUUCUUUGAAUAUGAGAGACGCUGUGCCUACGUUAAUCAGUACCUUUUGUAAGCUCAUUGGUGCUGGUAUGUUCCUUGAGUCUGCACAUUUUGACUGUAUUAUUAAGUUCCUUCACCAAUUGAAAGUUUCCAGUCAGGAACUAAAUACUGUUUUGAACAUAAAAUCCAGUUUCAGACAUGGAUCUCACCAUGCAACUUACCAUGCAUGUUGGAGAAGAUUUCAGGAGAGACAUUUUGAAAAGAACUGGGUUUUUGACUUCAGCUUGGCAGUGGCUGAAAUUCAGCACUGCAAGGAAAAAAAAGACUGGGUCAAGCUGGGAGCUUUGUUUGUCAAUGCAAGAACUGGCUGUGAACAUUCUGAUGAUCUUCAGAAAUUGUCGUUAUGUAUUGCUGAAAUACUAACCAAAGACUCUGAGACAGACCGACUAGAAGUUCCUUUUUGUGACUUUGCUGAUGCAGUAGCAAAAAAUUCACAACAUAAUGAAGCAGACAGAAUUUUCACUGGAAGGAUUGGGAUAAGUGUAAUGUAUUCUUAUCACAAAGUACUCCAGUGGAUAAAGGGAAGGAAGGUUUUGGAUAAGUUGCAUGAGCUACAGAUACAUUUUACAGUCUUGAAAGGACUCAUAGGUGCAGAGAAGUUAGCUUCAAGAUGCCAAAUUGUUAAUAAAGCUGCAGAAAUUUAUCUUAAAACAGGAAGUUUGAAUGGAGCAACAUGGGUAUUGAGAGAAUCGGAGUGGGUCACAAAUACACCAUUGUGGCCCUGUGAUAAAAUGGACAUCCUCAGUCGACAUAAUCUGUUAUGUACACUAGUGCACAAAUACUUGAGGAAGAGUUUAUACAGGCAGGCAUUGGAAGUUCUACAGAACUUACCAGGUUUUCAAAAUCAUUCUGAUACUGUAGAUGCUUCUCAGUACAGCUGCCUUUUUAACAAGCUUAUAAGUGCCUGUUUUGAGAGCAAGAACCUUGGGGUCUCAUCUUCUGCAGUAGACUUCAUGCUUUCAAAAAACAUAGCUAUUGAUUUUUUUUUACUUAGACAAUUAAUUACAGCUUUGGGAAGAAGUUCUUUGUGGUCUAAAGCUAGGACCUAUUACAAAAGUGCUUUAUCACUGGGUUGCUACCCACCACCACUGCAGGGACAUCUGUAUCACAAACUUCUAACGAUUCCGUCUUACUUAUCAGAGGUGGAGAUGCUGUUGGCCAUUGAAAUAUUUCUUGUUUCAAAUGCCAGUGAUAUUCAAAGUCCAGUGGCUACUAGUCAGACUCUUCAAAUAAUACUGAAAAGAUGCGCACAUCAGGCAGUUCAGAAUAGCAGUGACUACCAGGCAGCAGUGGAGAGACUGAUCCAGGCUGCUCGUGUGUCUGAUCCAAAGCUUUUUCUUAAGCAUAUGACAAUGAAUGUUAAUAUGGAAGAAGUUUACAGCUUGGAGCUUACAUCUGCUCUAAAGUGGCUUCAGGAGAAUCUGAAAUGGGCUGGGAAGGUCUGGCUGUUUCAGUAAUUAUUAAAUAGUCAAGACUUUUGGGGUUUAAUGGUUAAAUCAAUCAUUGUUGAAAAUAACACAAAUUAAUAAAGGCAGUUUCCCCUGUGUUCA